UCAAUGUCAAAUGAAAUUGGAAAUCUUUUUUAGUUUUUAAUAUUUUCUUGGAAUAAUUUGAAAAUAUACUGAUUUAUAAUGAUUUACACAUUCAUUGCGUAAUGUUUACAUACUAAUAUAAAUUUGUGUACAUCAGGAGAUUGUCUGAACCUGGUUAUUCUGCUGGUUGCACCGGUAGAGGUUAUGAAAUAAGGAUCUCCAGAGACCUAUUGGUUAUGUUUGUAAAAUAGUCUUUGCGGAGGAACUACAAAAAUUACGUAAACAAUGUCAAGAAUACUGCACAAUCGUUUGAGAUCGAAAUCAACAUCAUGGGCUUGUGUAGACAAACGAGCUGUAGCAUUCUCUGUAUGGACAGGCCGCAGCAUGCUACUGCAGAGACCGAUCGACACAAGUCAUAUACACAGACGGAGAUAUGGCAUGCUUGUCGCACGAGCUGUGCGGGGCAUGCUGAAAAUCAGAUACUUGUUACUGGGAGGGGCCGUUGGAGGAGGCAUGACUUUGAAUAAGAAAUAUGCAGAAUGGAAAGAUGGCCUGCCAGAUAUGGGCUGGCUGAAUGACUUACUCCCUGAUAAUGAACAAUGGGAUAGAUUUACCACUACACUCAUUAGUGCUAAGGACAAAAUUGGAGAUCAAUUUCAAAUUGGCUCGAGACUGAUGCUGCUGGUGCCCGCAGAUCCUCGUCUGCGAGAAGCUGGCGCGAUUCGAGCGGCCGAGCUCCGGGAAUGGCUCGCGCAGCGCUACGAGGACGCCGUGGCUGCAGCCGCAGCUAACAGCGCCGUCGAAUCAUCACCAAAGAUUGUGAACAACUUACAGAGCAAGCCGCAGCCGACGCCUAGUCGUUCAUCAAGCGAGGAUGCCAGCACAUAUGAGAAACGUGUACACGCUUUACAAGAAGAAGUGUUGUCCUUACAAGCUCGCUACCAGAGGGAGUUGCAGCGUCUCGAGCAGGAGAACAGAGAGCUGAGACAGCAGAAUAUGCUGCUGAGACAGGGUCGUCAACCUUCGGCAAGGAAAAUGAAGCGGUCGCUGAUCGACAUGUACUCGUCGGUGCUGGACGAGCUGUCGGGGUGGGAGGCGGGCGACGCCGACCGCCUGCCGCGCGUGGUGGUGGUGGGCGACCAGUCCGCCGGGAAGACCUCCGUGCUGGAGAUGAUCGCGCAGGCGCGCAUCUUCCCGCGCGGCGCCGGAGAGAUGUGCACCAGGGCUCCGGUCAAGGUGACGCUAUCGGAGGGUCCGUACCACGUGGCACAGUUCAGGGACUCCGCCCGGGAGUUUGACCUCAACAAGGAGUCGGAUCUCGCGGAUCUGCGCAAGGAGGUGGAAAUGCGCAUGCGCAGCAGCGUGCGCGGUGGACGCACGGUGUCGGCGGAUGUGAUCUCGAUGUCCGUCAAGGGCCCCGGCCUGCACCGCAUGGUGCUCGUCGACCUGCCCGGCGUCAUCUCCACACAAACUGUGGAUAUGGCGAGCGACACGCGCGACUCUAUCAAGCAGAUGAGCAGGCAGUACAUGGAGAAUCCGAAUGCCAUUAUUCUAUGUAUACAGGAUGGUUCAGUGGACGCAGAACGCAGCAACGUGACCGAUCUGGUGUCCUCGUGCGACCCUCAGGGUAAGAGGACCAUCUUCGUGCUGACGAAGGUCGACCUCGCUGAAGAGAAUCUCGCCAACCCAAACAGGAUUCGCCGAAUCCUAGAAGGCAAGCUGUUCCCCAUGAAGGCCCUGGGUUACUACGCGGUGGUGACUGGCCGAAGUCGAAAGGACGACUCCAUACAGAGCAUUCGAGAAUACGAGGAGAGGUUCUUCCGAUCCUCAAAGCUGUUCAAAGACGGGCUGGUGACCCCAUCGCAGGUGACCACACGCAACCUAUCGCUGGCGGUGGCGGACUGCUUCUGGCGGAUGGUAAGAGCCUCUGUGGAGCAGCAGGCAGACUCCUUCAAGGCCAUGAGGUUUAACCUGGAGACAGAGUGGAAGAACACCUUCCCAAGACAGCGCGAGCUGGACCGCGACGAGCUGUUCGAGCGCGCGCGCGCGCGCUGUGCGGACCGGUCGGCCGAGCUGUCGGCCCUCCCGCCCGCCGCCUGGCAGCUGCGGCUGCAGCGCGCGCUGUGGGCCGCCGCCGCCGACCGGGUCCUCCACGCCGUGUACCUGCCGGCCGCCGCCGCCGCCCACCACCACGUCGAGAAAUUCAACACAUCCGUGGACAUAAAACUACGCGAGUGGGCCGAGGGUGAGCUGCCGCUGCAGUCCAUCAUGGCCGGCAGGGAAGCCCUCAAGGUGGAGUUCACAGAGCUGAUGGCCAGCACCACAGACUCGGACCCCAUCUACGAGCCCGUCAAGAGGGAAGCGGUCGAGGAGGCGCUGCGGAGGCAUCAGUGGGAAGAAAGAGCACAAGAUGUGCUGCGCGUGCUGCAGCUGAACGCGCUGCAGGACCGGUGCGUGGGCUCGCGGGCCGACUGGGACGACGCCGUCGCACUCAUGGACUCCGCGCUGCGGGACCGGCUCGCGGACACGGACAAACAGCUCAACCAACUCACUGGUCCAGGGUUCAAGGAGCGCUGGCUGUACUGGCGCUCCAGCUCGGAGGAGCAGGUCCGGCACGGGGAGGUCCGCCGCGAGCUGGAGAGGCUCGGCUGCGACCGCCCCGCACUCACCUACGACCAGGUCGCGGCCGUCAGGGACAACCUCCGCAGGAAGGGCAUCGAGGUCGACAACGACCUCGUGCGGGACAUAUGGAAGCCGGUGUACUUGAAAAAUUUCCUUCAGCAAGCACAGACGAGAGCACGUGAUUGCAAGAAGAGUUUCUAUUUGUACAGUCAACAGAAUGGAGAGGAAAAAGAGUGUUGCGAAGUUGUGAUGUUCUGGAGAGUACAGCAGACCCUGAGGACCACAGCGGCUGCGCUACGGCAGCAGAUCGGCAACAGGGAGGCUGCAAGGCUAGAUAGAGAACUCAGGGAGGUCUUAGACGAGAUGGCAUCCGACCCGGAAAUUAAAAAGAAAUUAUUAUCUGGAAGACGAGUUGAACUCGCCGAGGAAUUAAAACGAGUACGACAAGUGCAAGAGAAGCUGGAGGAGUUUAUAGAUGCACUCAACAAAGAGAAAUAGUUUUAUUGUAUAUUGUAGUGUAACAAGAGUCAAACGAGUUCCGUACGUGAGGUAUAAUGUCAACUAUAUUUUAUUUUUAUUUAUUGAAUAACUGUAUCCGCGACUUCGCUUGAUCUUUACCAACUAUAAAAAAAAAAAAAUCUAGUCCAAAAAUCUAAAGAAAAAUUUUUCAUCGCACUACUUUCAAAAAUUACAAAUUUAUUUAUAGAAACUUUCAUCCCCUAUUUUGUUUAUGAAGGUAUUUACCUCUGUUGACUUUUUUUUAAUGGAUGAUAAUGGUAUGGUUCUCAUCCUGCGCUAACGGAUUACGCUGGCGGGGCACCAGUAAAGGAUGAUAAGAUGAGCAUGAGGUCAGGUCAGUUAG